AUGCUAGACACCACUUCGGCCCGGCUCUUUCAUACCACGCGCAUUGGAUUUCAAACCCGCUGCCAGCAACUCAUUGACGACUUCCUUCACGAUGGCUUAUCGCUUCAGGAUGAAUUCCAUGAUAGGGUUGAUCAGCUCCACCUAUCAUUGGAACAACUUAAGCGAGCCGGACAGAUGAUGGCCAUUGAUUGUUCGACAAAUGAGCUUGUGGCUGUUGUCCCUAUUGGAUUUUUCACCGUCCUGAUCGAGCGUCCUGGCCAGGACCCAAUGGCCGAAUUUGAUUGGGCCUGUAUUUACACCACUGACACUUUGAACAUGCUGACGAGUGAGUCUUUUUUGCGCCACAGGGCCCCCGCUGAUAUUGCCCGCAUCCUCGAGACGCAGUCAUUCCUCUGGGAUUUGGUUGUGCCGUUUCCUGUAACGCUUUCCUGUGCCGAGGAUUCCGCCCCAGACCCAUAUGUGAAUGCUCUUCAGAUCCCCCCCGCUGCUAGUCUGGCUCGUAUGAACUCUCAGAUUCCGGUGAGGCCUCGCCCUACUCCUCCUGUUGACACUUACAUGGCUUACAACCGGCCCGUCCCUGGUCCUUAUCCCCCUGCUUUGCCUCCACGAUCUGUGUUUGAGUCGGAGCCCGAGUCGGAUGGUGAGUCCCCUACAGGCGCUAACGCUGUGGGUCUUUAUGGAAACCCCAGCAUGCAUCCUCGGUGA